GAGAGCAGGAUCUAUCCGUCGCCAUUACUGACUGGAGUGAGAGGGGAGGGAGCACGGCUCGGAUUACAUACACUACUAAAAAUACGAAAAAAUAAAUAAAGCCAACACUUUUUUGGAAUCUGGGAGGAUUUACUUUAUGUCGGGUUUCUACAGAAACGGCAGAAAAGUACAUCGGGUUUGAAUACGAGAUCAAAUCGAGGAGAAUAUAUAUUUGAAAAGAAGACACGGGAAUGCUACCGCUUUUUCGUGGUGUCGGGAGCUGGAAGCGACCAUGUUAGGGAGGUGAUAAGAGGGGAGAAGCAACUGCCCCCCAGCCCAGAGUGAGGAUCCAGGAGAGAGGAAGGGAUCUGGUCAGUCCAGAGAAAGCCAUGGGUGCACACCUCCUCUAACCGCCCCCCUCUCUCUCCCACCCAGAUGGGAGCAGGACAAUAGCCCUGUUGGAAAAAAAAAACACUUUGCUGUAUGUGACAAGGCAAUGAGAGGGGGGAUCUAAUGGCCAAGAACAAGGAACCCCGCCCCCCAACAUAUGCUGUGAGCGUGGUGGGGCUCUCAGGGACUGAGAAAGAGAAGGGCAACUGUGGUGUGGGCAAAUCCUGCCUGUGCAACAGGUAUGUGCGUCCCAAAGCAGAUGACUACUACUCGGAGCACACCUCUGUGUUGAGCACAAUAGACUUUGGAGGGCGCGUGGUCAACAACGACCACUUCCUGUACUGGGGCGAAGUACAACACAGAGGUGACGAUGGCCUGGAAUAUAAAAUCCAGGUCAUUGAACAGACUGAGUUCAUUGAUGAUCAGACCUUCCUGCCCCACCGCAGCACAAACCUACAGCCCUACACCAAACGGGCCGCAGCCUCCAAGCUGCAGUCGGCCGAGAAAUUGAUGUACAUUUGCACAGACCAGCUGGGGUUGGAGCAGGACUUUGAACAGAAGCAAAUGCCUGAUGGAAAGCUGAACAUUGACGGCUUUGUCCUGUGCAUAGAUGUCAGCAAGGGCUGCAAUAGGAAAUUUGAUGAUCAAAUGAAAUUUGUCAAUAGCUUGUAUUCUCAAAUGGCAAAGUCGAAAAAGCCAAUAGUCAUCGCUGCCACAAAGUGUGAUGAGUGUGUGGAGCAGUACCUAAGGGACCUCCAGGCCUUUGCGUCCAACAAAAAGAACUUGUUGGUGGUGGAGACAUCUGCCAAGUCCUGCGUUAACGUGGACGUGUGCUUCCAGGCGCUUACUCAGCAGAUGGACAAAACGCGAGGCAAACCCAAAACCAUUCCGUAUUUGGAUGCCUACAAGAUCCAGAGGCAGCUGGUGGCGACGGUGACCGACAAGUUUGAGAAACUGAUUGUGCAGACAGUCAAAGAUUACCACACAAGCUGGAAAGCUGUAAGUAAUAAGUUAAAAAACCACCCCGAUUACGAGGAAUACAUAAAUUUAGAAGGCACAAGGAAGGCUAAAAACACCUUCUCGAAGCACAUAGAACAGCUGAAGCAAGAGCAUAUCAAGAAAAGGAGAGAGGACUAUUUUUCCAGUCUGCCAAAAAUUCUCAAUAACCUGCUAAGCAACCUGGAGGAGAUUGAGAAGCUGAGCUGGUUGGAAUCUCAGAGCCUUCUGAAGAGCAGGGCCGAGUUUCAGUUCUGGUUUGUAGUUCUGGAGCACACUCCCUGGGAUGAGACAGACCAUAUUGACAAAGUAAAUGAUAGAAGAGUGCCCUUUGAUCUUCUUAGAACUCCGGAAGGGGAAAAGAUUUAUCAAAACCAUGUCCAGCAUUUGAUUGCAGAGAAAAGGAGGGUGGAGAUGAAGGAAAAGUUCAAGAAGACCCUGGAACGGGUGCAUUUUAUCAGCCCAGGACAGCCCUGGGAAGAGGUCAUGUGUUUUGUCAUGGAGGAUGAAGCCUAUAAGUAUAUCAGUGAAUCUGAUCGCAGGGAUGUUUACAGCCGGCACCAGCGGGAAAUAGUUGAAAGAGCCAAAGAGGAAUUUCAGGAAAUGCUUUUUGAGCAUGCUGAGCUGUUUUAUGACCUGGAUUUGAAUGCCACCCCUAGCUGUGACAAGAUGAGUGAGAUCCACUCAGUGCUCAACGAGGAGCCCAGAUACAGAGCCUUGCAGAAGCUGGCCCCUGACAGAGAGUCGCUCUUGCUCAAGCACAUCGGGUUUGUCUAUCACCCCACUAAGGAGACCUGUCUCAGUGGCCAAAGCUGUGUGGACAUGAAGGUGGAGCAGGUCCUCGCUAACAGGCUAGUGCAGCUCGACCACGGACGCUCUAAUCUGUACCACAGUGCCAACAUAGAUAAAGUUAAUCUGUGUCUGCUGGGCAGGGAAGGUCUAGCACAGGAGUUGGCGAAUGAGAUCAGGGCGCAGUCCACAGAUGACGAGUACACCCUAGAUGGGAAAAUCUAUGAGCUGGAGCUCCUGCCCAUCGAUGUCAAUUCGGCAUUGCUUUUGAAUCAUUCCUGGACAUCAACUUUCAAACCCCAUGGUUGUUUCUGUGUCUUCAAUUCUAUAGAGUCCCUAAAUUUUAUUGGUGAUUGUGUGGGGCGGAUCCGAGCUGAGAUUGCUCAAAACAGAAGGGACAGAUAUGCACCACCAUUGCCAUUUAUUUUAAUCUUAGCGAACCAGAGGGACAGCAUUUGCAAAAACAUGCCUAUCUUGAGGCAUCAGGGCCAACAGCUUGCAAAUAAGCUACAGUGUACUUUUGUAGAUAUACCCUCGGGUACUUUUCCACGGAAAUUUAAUGAGUUCCAAAUAAAACAGGCUCUAAGAGGAGUACUAGAGGGACUAAAGCACAACUUUGAUGUCAUGAGCCCAGUCCCCUCCAUCAAGGACUUGUCAGAGACUGACUUGAGGAUUGUUAUGUGUGCCAUGUGUGGAGAUCCAUUCAGUGUGGACCUCAUUCUCUCACCUUUCUUGGAUUCACAUUCCUGCAGCGCUGGCCAGCCCGGCCAAAGCAACACUCUGGUCCUUGACAAGAUCAUUGGGGACAGCCGCAGACGGAUACAGAUCACUGUCCUCUCGUACCAUUCGUCCAUUGGAAUCAGGAAAGACGAGCUGGUUCAUGGCUAUAUCCUUGUCUACUCAGCGAAGCGCAAGUCCUCCAUGGCCAUGCUGAGGGCGUUCUUAGCUGAGGUCCAGGAUGUUAUCCCGGUCCAGAUGGUGGCCAUCACUGACAGCCAAGCUGACUUCUUUGAGAACGAGGCCAUCAAAGAGUUGAUGACUGAGGGGGAGCACAUCGCCACGGAGAUCACGGCCAAGUUCACGGCACUGUACUCUCUCUCCCAGUACCACCGGCAGACAGAGGUCUUCACACCGUUUUUCAAUGAGGUGCUGGAGAAGAAGAGCAGCAUUGAGGGCUCCUUCAUGUUUGACAGCAGUCGGGAGGGCACCGGUGCCAGUGAGGAUGUCUUUCCUCAGUCGCCCCAUGGCCACUCACCCGCCUACAGCUAUUACCCUGACUCAGAGGAUGACACGGAGGCCCCGCCCCCCUACAGCCCCAUCGGCGAUGACGUGCAGCUGCUGCCCACCCCCAGCGAGCGCACAAAGUACCGGAUUGACCUGGAAGGUAAUGAGUACCCCGUCCACAGCACACCUGUUGGCGAGCACGAGCGGAACCACAAAGUGCCUCCCCCUGUCAGGCCCAAGCCAGUUCUGCCCAAACACAAUGUGAAGAAGCUGGACCCGAACCUGCUGAAGACCAUUGAGCAAGGCAUGAGGAGUACCCGGCGGGUGCGUGCCCCCCUGGCCCACAGUGACGACGUGGAGGCCUCAGACAACUACGCCGAGCCGGCCGAUACGCUCCUGAAGUCUAAGGGCUUCAGCGAUGACAUCUACGCCGUUCCUGAGGACAGCCAGAGCCGGAUUGUCAAGAUGCGCAACUCUUUUGGGGGGCUCCACGGCCCGCACGGGGAUGAGGAGAAUGGCUUUGACCGCAUAUCCAAGUCCCAGGGCAGCAGGAGGCCCUCAAAGUACAAGCACCGCUCUAAGAUCCUCUUCAGCAAAACAAAAGCCUAUCACCGGCGGGCGCACUCAGACGCCAGUGAUGAUGAGUCGGGCCCUGCGCUUCAGAAGAAGAAGAAGGGUAGGGGGCACCGGGGCAGCGAGGAAGACCCCCUACUUUCCCCUGUCGACCCCUGGAAGGGAGGGAUAGAUAACCCUGCCAUCACCUCGGAUCCAGAGCAGGAUGACAAGAAGAUGAAGAAGAAGAAGCCACCAAAGACAAAGGAACCCAAAAAGCCAAAAUCAAAGGCCACCAAGCCGUUGUACCCCCCCACUCGGAGGAACUGGGAGAGCAACUAUUUUGGGGUGCCACUUCAGAACCUGGUCACUCCCGAGCAGCCCAUCCCAUUGUUCAUAGAGAAGUGUGUGGACUACAUUGAGCGCACUGGGCUAACGACAGAGGGCCUUUAUCGCGUUAGCGGAAACAAAACGGAUCAGGACAACAUCCAGAAGCAGUUUGAUCAAGACCACAGCGUGGAUUUGAUGGUCAUGGACGUGGCUGUCAACGCGGUGGCGGGCGCUCUCAAGGCCUUCUUUGCGGAUCUCCCUGACCCCCUCAUCCCUUACAACCUGCACCCGGAGCUGGUGGAGGCAGCCAAAAUUGUGGACCACAUAGAGAGACUGCAAGUGCUGAAGGAAAUCGUGCAGAAGUUUCCACCAGUCAACUACGAAGUUUUCAAAUAUGUAAUCACUCAUCUCAACAGGGUAAGCCAGCAGAGCAAGACCACGCUGAUGACUGCGGACAACCUGUCAAUCUGUUUCUGGCCCACACUGAUGCGGCCCGACUUUGAGAAUAAGGACACGCUGUCCACUACCAAGCUUAACCAGUCGGUCAUCGAGUCCUUCAUCCAGCAGAGCCAGUACUUCUUCUAUGGUGGGGAGAUAGCUGAGCCGUCCAGCGCCGAGGGCACGCCCCCACCACACCCCCACAGCAUGGUGGAGUCCCUGGUGCCCCUGCAGCUGCCGCCCCCACUGCAGCCCCAGCAGAUCCAGCACCAACUGCAGCCCGACCCACUAGUGUAGUGCCCCUCCCCCCUAACAGCCCUGCCCCCAACAUGCGCGCAUGCACACACACACACACACCUGCCCUCAGAAACUGUUCUGGGAGAGAAUGAGAAGACAGUGCCCUCUAGCUGCAGAUCAUGCACACACAGCUAAGGAAAAACGGCUUGCUUUUGGGAUCCAGCACCCCAUUUUCUUUUUUUGCUCCCCCCCAAGUCAGACCAUAUCCAUGGCAGCGUAAUCCCAGCAACGUUUUCCACUCUUUCUCUUUUGACACCACACUGCAGACCUGUUGUGCAUUUGGAGUCUGGGGGACAAACACAGGCGUGAGGAAGGUGGUGGUGGUGGUGGUGGUGUGUGGGGGGUCUCUGUUCACCCGUGCCCUACUCGCCCACUGCAUGCCUCCUUGGCAACAUUGCAGGAACAGUAACUAACGCCCCCUGGCCCUACUCCCCUACUCUCACUUUCUGCAAAGCCAAGGAAAAGAAGUUUCUACAAGUUUUUGUUUUUGCAUUUUUAAAGCAGAGACUGUCAUAUUCGUGUGUGAAUGGUGUAUAUGACAUUACACUUUCGACCUGUUUUAAUGGCUAUUCCUGGAACAUUUGUGUGUGUUUGCUUAUUUUUUAUCAUUUGACAAUGAACUUUUUUAUGCGUAUUGUUUUUGUUGGAGACAGUAAAUGGCUGCAGAUGGCAUUUGUGUCGCAUGACAGAGAGUGUAUGUAUGGGGGUGUGUGUGUGGGCACACGCGUGUGUAUGUGGGUGUGUGUGCGUGCAUGUGCGUGAGCUUUUCCUCUCUGGGCUCCCAAUGCCUUGCACUGUUUGGGAAUCUGAGUGAAAAGGGGUGUGGUGCACACCCAGGCCGAGCUGACCACUCUCACAACCCUCUCCUGGCGGAUCAGAACCUGUGGAAUCGCUAAACUUCUGAAGGGAGCACCCCAUUGGACCCUGGGUGGAACACCUCUGCGGACACACAACCGUUGCAAAGCAUUCUGGCUUUUUCUGUUCCUUUCCAUUUGAAUUUUACUUAAUCAGAAAUGUCUUAGUGCUACUCGCUUUCAUGCAAUAGGAGAUAUUUGUAUAGUUCCUUUGUUUGUUAAGCUAAAUUUGCAUGUCUUUUACCUCUUAAAUUGACAAACAAAAAAGCAUUUGAUCUUGUACACAAACUUAAUCAUUUUCAUUCAAAAUUAUUUUCUUAACUUGGAUGAGGGGAACAUUAAAUGGGGCAGGGGGAAAGGAGUUGUCAAAUUAUAUUUUCAUUUUUUCAUGCAAAGUGUGAAGCCUUUUAAUAGUUUACCAUAAUCAUCUGGUCUAUAAUAUUUUUAACCAAAUCAGGAUAAUUCC